UAUAAAUGCAGUUCUAAGAGGAAGCAGUAGACUAGAAGGAUCUGGCAGAGACAGAGAGAUACAAACCUUUCACAGGUUUUCAAACAAAUCUCAAGAUAUCACUGUGGGAAACACUGGUUGACCUGACAGAAUGUUCUCAAUCCUGUUUGUCACAGUCUUCUUGGCCAGCUGCUUGGCAAUGCCCAUCAAAGAACCGUACUCGUAUUCCUCUGCGGUGGGUCUGGGCACUGGCACCCCAUUUGCCUCCUCCGGUGAGGGACGCAUCACAGCGGUCAGAGUGUGGGAGAACAACAACAACAACUACUACUACUACUACUACAACAACAACGCCUACAUCAACGGGUUCCAGCUGAGAUACAGCAACACCUGGUCUCCUGUAUUCGGUCGCGAAGUGGGGGAAAAGCAGGAGAUGGAGCUGUUUAAGGAUGAGGCCAUCGUCGAGGUGUCUGGGAAGUACAACCCAGGAGACUACAUCUGCUACCUGGUGUUCACCACCAACACGGGGCGCACUCUGGUGGCCGGCCUGCCUAACCAAGUCUCCUUCAACUUCUACCCAGCCAACAUGGGCAAUGAGCUGAGGCUGCUCAGCGGUCGCUUCAACGGUGCCGGGAUCACUUCCAUCGGAGCCCACUGGGGAUUGGUGUACAUGGAAGAGGCUGGAAACAGUACCUCCUCUUAAUCGAAAAAAAAAAAAAAGUAUGGCUUGCUCUUUGGGAUGGUUUCCCGGAUACAGAUUAAGCCUAGUCCUGGACUAGUUACUUUCAAUGGAGAUUCUCCAUUCAGCAUGCUUUUUAGUCCAGGAGUAAACUUAAUCUGGGUCCAGGAAACUGACCCUAUAUGUUUUGGACGGAUGUUUGACAUAGACGCUGACAGGACUGUUUUAAUAUCACUAUCUGAUGGGUGCUUCAUGCGAUUUUAAACUGAAUGAAUUUGAAUAUUUAUAAUAUUUUGGGAGUAAUUUUGUACUGCUUUAAGUGAGGUGAUCCCGUUUGAGUGAGUGGGUCACGGACCACAUGCGUUGUUACUCAUCAUUUGAGGUUGUAUUUAUCACAAUAAAUGAAAUAAUCAUAUGGGAUUUAAAGGAUUAAAUAUAUCUUUGAUUAAUUGAACAAUAAAAUAUUAUCGGGAGACAAUUCCACUCAUGGUACUUCACCUUCACUAUUUUAUACACACUGUAUUUUUUUUUGGUGUUCCUUUUCUGCUACAUCUACUUACGGACAUUUUAAUAAAAAGCACAUCUUUAAUCAUUA